CAUGGUCCCACUUAAACAACACACAAACUCCCUCAUGCAUGUGCACACCCUCACACUGGCUGGAUCAAUGCAUUAUGCCAUGUGGGAGCUGUGUAUGAUGGGUAGCCAGCAGGGGGAUGGGUCAAUGUGCUGCUCGCUUUCUGUUUUUUUUUUUUUCUGUGUAUUCUUGUACUCUCACAAGCACUGGGAGCAGCAGGAGCGUACUGUUGCUGCAGCGCAUGAGAGAAUCUCCAUCUAACUUGGGUAUCAGAGAAGCAGUCGUCGGUCGGUCUUCUCCGUUUGAGCCGUGAGCUUGGUACGUUUUCAGAUGCUGCGCGGCUUCAGUGUCUCUGAUCUUCAGUCAAUCAACUACAAACAAAGAGGUGCCCUGAAGAAGAACAGAAGUGGCUUCACUCUCUGGAUGAGAGAUGGAUGCGGACCACGGAUUCUAUCGGCAGGUGGACGUCCAGGCCCACGCUCACUACAUCGUCGCCUUCUUUGUCUUGGUGAUUGGAACAGUGGGCGUUACUGGAAACGCUUUAGUCAUGUACGCCUUCUUCUGCAACAAGAAGCUACGCACUCCCCCCAACCUUUUCAUCAUGAACCUGGCCGUCAGUGACUUCCUCAUGGCAAUCACCCAGUCGCCCAUCUUCUUUGUUAACUCUCUUUACAAAGGCUGGAUUUUUGGUGAAACAGGCUGUAAAAUAUAUGCCUUCUGUGGAGCUCUGUUUGGAAUCACCUCCAUGAUAAACCUUCUGGCCAUCUCUCUAGACCGCUACAUUGUCAUUACCAAGCCCCUGCAGGCCAUCCAGUGGACCUCCAGGAGACGCACAUGCCUCAGCAUUGCCUUGGUCUGGCUGUACUCUCUGGCCUGGAGCCUCGCCCCCCUUUUGGGGUGGAGUUCGUACAUACCAGAGGGCUUGAUGACCUCAUGCACAUGGGACUAUGUGACAUCUACUCCUGCCAAUAAAAGUUAUACUUUGAUGCUAUGCUGCUUUGUAUUCUUCAUCCCUCUGGGCAUUAUAUCCUAUUGUUAUCUGUGCAUGUUCCUGGCAAUCCGCCAGGCAAGCAGAGAUGUGGAGAAGUUGGGGUACCAGGUGAGGAAGUCAACCCUGAUCCAGCAGCAGUCCAUCAAGACUGAAUGGAAGCUGGCCAAGAUCGCCUUUGUGGUCAUCAUAGUGUUUGUGCUUUCUUGGUCGCCCUAUGCAUGUGUCACCCUCAUCGCCUGGGCUGGAUAUGCAAGCAUCCUCAGUCCCUAUUCCAAAGCUGUCCCCGCUGUUAUAGCCAAGGCGUCGGCCAUCUACAACCCUUUUAUCUACGCCAUCAUUCACUCGAAGUACAGAGACACCAUGGCAGAACACGUCCCCUGCCUGCACUUCCUGGCCCAGGCCCCGAGGAGGAAGUGCAUAUCCAUGUCCCACAGCGAGUCGUCCCUCAGGGACCUGAUGCUGAGCAGGCAGUCGUCGGUUUCCAAAACCAAGUUUCACAGAGUUUCCUCCAUGUCCACGACAGACACGGUUUGGAGUGACGUGGAGCUGGACCCAAUGGAUCAGAGCCAUGGCGUGAGGUCCAGCCAUUCCCUCGGUGCCCUGCGGGACAGAGAGUCGCUGGCUAUGCAGACCAAGGAAAAGGGAAGCCAAAGCCAAGAACAGAUCCGCAUCCCAGAGCGAGGCCCGUCGAACGGGAGCGCGAACGCAGCGGGCCCCCGGGGGGGGAGAACUGUGGAGAGCCUCGAGAGUCGGGACAGAGAGGAGGCGGGUGGAGGUGAACACGCGCGGAGGGACACGCGGCAGGCCCGGCGGGAGAAAGACGACGAGGAGGUGGAGGAGGUGGUGGUGGUGGAGGAGGAGGAGGAGGAGCCGCGGGUCGUCGCGGCCCGGCCGGACUCUGCGGGGCGCGCGGGGCGCGUGCACCACGCGGCCAUCGUCGCGCCGGACUCGAGGAAGGAACCGCUGGAGCUCAGCUGUUGUGAGGAGAGACAAAGCGCACGGAGCAGGCAGAUGGGACUGUCCCCGGAUCUACAGACUCUGGAGGGUUCCGCUCAAGAGCUCGAGCCCGUGAGGAGAUUUCUUAGCUAAAUGUUACGCGUGACUGUGGCACAAUCGGUGAAACGUGUGUGUGUGUGUGUGUGUGUGUGUGUGUGUGUGUGUGUGUGUGUGUUUUUGUUCUUUCGGGAAUGAGGUGUCGUGGCGGCGGACACAACUUUGUGUAGCAAUGCAGUGCAAGCAAAUUUAUUUGUUUGUAGGUUUUGGUGUAAUUGUACACACAAGUUUUUUAAAUAAUAAUCUUGAGGCACAACUUUACUUUUUAAGCUUGCUGUUAACAUACAAAAUAAUUCCAUCUUUUUUUUGUUGAAAACAGGUGUUUGGUAUUUUCAAUAAUGUCACAGUGAAAACAAAGCAGUAUCUUGCAAAUGGAAUCUAAAUUCACUUUUUAGAACUUGCACUUUGUCAAAGAGCGUUUAACUGUAUACUGAGAGUAACUAAUUAAAGACCCAACAAGUUUAUGAUCAACUUGUUUCUGAGGGACCAAAGUUUGGCUCUUUCCCGAGUGUAUUUUGUGUGGAAGUAGAUUUUUAUACACUGUUUUCUUUGUUGCUACAGCUACAUAUCUCUGUCUUACAAAUGCCAUGUCUUUAAUGCACACAUGUCUCUGUUCAUGAGCCGUAUCAUGAGUUCAGGCACCAUAGUUAUAAAACCCAGCGUUUUAUUCACCGCAUCUACUUUGGGGACAAUGUAAUAUAUUUGAUUCAAAGCAUCCGUUGAUCCGUUGCGAUGAGGAAUAAAGCUGCAUGCUUUAAGGAAAAGUAUUGUCACAGCAGCAAUCAAUUUUCCAUCCUUAACUAUUGCAUAUUCGUUGCGCUUGGUGCUAAUCUUAAACUAGAAUGUUCAAUCUUGUGUGUAUUUGUUGGAAAUAAGCCUUUUAAAGCCCCCCCCCCCCUUCCCACCCCCCCAUCUUCUUAGAGCUUGUAAAUGAAUCAGAAUUUGUUAUAAAUGUUAUGAAACAAUUUCAUCAACAGGCAACGUGCUUUCUUUCACUUUAUUUUAAAUGGUGUAAUAUACAACAUGAAAGAAAUGUCUUUAUAACUUGUUGCAGCAAUAAAAUAAAGACUGUAUUAUUUAAUACACUGUUAUCAUAGUACCCAUAAUGUUAUUAUGAAGCUUUAUCGACAACCAAUACAUAAUAAACCUUUAUAUACAA